UUCCGACAAGUCUUUCUUCUUAGAGCAAGAAGCGGAACCAAAAUAAAGCUUUCUUUAUUUUCAUUUAUGGAUAACCAAUCCAUUUUCCAAUAUAGUUGGGAGAUUUUACCCAAGAAAUGGGUACAUAAAAUGAAAAGAUCGGAACAUGGGAAUAGAUCUUAUACCAAUACUGACUACCCAUUUCCAUUGUUGUGCUUUCUAAAAUGGCAUACCUAUACAAGGGUUCAAGUUUCGAUCGAUAUUUGCGGAGUGGAUCAUCCCUCUCAAAAACGAAGAUUUGAAGUUGUCCAUAAUUUACUGAGUACUCGGUAUAACUCACGCAUUCAUGUACAAACAAGUGCAGACGAAGUAACACGAAUAUCUCCGGUAGUCAGUCUAUUUCCAUCAGCCGGCCGGUGGGAGCAAGAAGUAUGGGAUAUGUUUGGUGUUUCUUCCAUCAAUCAUCCGGAUUUACGCCGUAUAUCAACAGAUUAUGGUUUCGAGGGUCAUCCAUUACGAAAAGACUUUCCUCUGAGUGGAUAUGUGGAAGUACGCUAUGAUGAUCCAGGGAAACGUGUGGUUUCUGAACCCAUUGAAAUGACCCAAGAAUUUCGCUAUUUCGAUUUUGCUAGUCCUUGGGAACAGCGUAGCGACGGAUAAUUCCGAAUCUACAUAGGUCUAGUCCAGGGGACAAAUCAAUAGGAAAUGCUAUUU